CCUUUCCCUCUUGUACUUUAAGUCGAAAACCGGAUGCUUCAGACUAAUAGUCUUAUGCAUAUUCCAGGGAAGAAGCAACCAAAAAAGGGGGCCUUAUAAGGGUAACGGCCUGUAUAUGGGGUUCUAUGCGGUUUUCACGGUCGUGUUGUAACUUAACACGAACGCGCCAACAGAUAGCCCACGAAUACAGCUUACAGUUAACUAGGCACAGGCUGGUAUUCGUGACAAGAACAAGGCCACCAUUCGCAUAGUGAUAGAUUAUUUCUUAAGAAUAAAUUGUUGCAAUCAGGUUAGAGUGCCAACAGGUUUUAAAAGCUUCUCACUACUACUAAAACUAAACACACUUAAAGAGGAAAUUAAAUACAAGCCUUUAAAUACAUACAGAAGCAACUGGGAUGAGCUGAAUCAAAUGAAUCCCAGUAAAUAAUCCCAGCAAUAAUGACCGCUCAGACAUAUUCACGCGACUUUCAGUGAUUUCUGGUUUGACGUCUGAUGAUAAAAAAAUCAGUAGAGUAAAAAAUUGACAGCUAGUGACCAAGGUCCUAGUCACAGUUAUAACAUGGUAUGAGGAUGGUUAUAGAUAUAAUAGAAAGUCCGCCCGACUCCGCUUUGUGAAUUAAUAAUAAUAAAUACGAGGCCCCAGCAUAUUCAAACCAAUACUAUAUUUUCUGAAGAAAGAAUGAAGAAUGAUUACUUCAUGAAAAGACACAGCAUUCCUACACGAGAACUUUUCCCCCGAAUUCAAUUUAAAAAACAAAGUUGUCGACAAGAAAAGUCGAAAAGCUUAUUUCUUAUAUGGUAUUGGAUGCGCUUAGAAUUACCAAACCAAAAUAGAUAAACCGUAUUACACGGCUGAGAGCAACGUAAAGCUGAAACUGUUUCCCACCUCCCAAGAGCUCGACGCUUCAACGAGAUUACAAAAAAAUCCCGAUUCCAUUUGUUUAGUUUUUCUGGAUUUUUCGAAAAGGAGUCACACCAUUGAAGGUUUUUGAGUAGGCUAUUAUGGAACAUUCAACGAUAGUUUCGUUCAAAUCUGAGCUCUUUCGACGUCUCGUCAUGAGAUUAUAGGGGUCACUUCUGAUUUUGAUAGAUUGAAAAAACAAAAAAAAAAGCAGGAAGGAUCAAGGAUUUGUUUUUUAUUUUGACAAAGACAAGUUUUUGAUAAAUACCGCUAGGUGUCUUUAGCCGAUAGUACAGCCGUUACUCGUUAGAGAGAGCUCAGUAAAAAUAAGUUUCGUCUGCCCACCCAAAGCUUCUUUUGACUUUUCUGAGUUCUAAUAGAUACACGUGGUAAUCUAUCUUAAGUAACAAUGGAAGUCAGUAACCAAACAAAGUCUAGCAGUGAUUUUGUAAAAGUGCCUAAACGCAAAGCUGCGAAACGCAAAGCUAUUCAGCCUGAAAAUGCGGAGAAAAAUGAAAGUACAUCAAUGGAGGUGUCGGAAGAGACUGCUGUGGAUAGACCCGCCUUCCCCCCUAUCAAGAGAGAAAAGUUGGAGAACGGAGUCGAAAUACGUAAAAUAUCUGUGCCUGCUCACAGAUAUUCUCCAUUGAAAGAAAAUUGGAUGAAACUUUUUACUCCUAUUGUUGAACAUCUUCAUCUUCAAAUCAGGUUCAAUUUGAAGAAUCGCCAAGUUGAGCUUCGAACAUGCAAGGACACUAAAGAAAUAGCAAAUGUUCAAAAGGCUGCUGAUUUCGUGAAGGCUUUCAUCUGUGGGUUUGAAGUAGAAGAUGCAUUGGCUCUGAUUCGUCUUGAUGAUCUCUUUGUUGAUUCUUUUGAGAUCAAAGAUGUCAAAUCAUCUCUUAAAGGUGACCAUUUGAACAGAGCAAUUGGAAGAUUGGCAGGAAAGGGUGGUCGGACAAAAUUCACCAUUGAAAACGUAACGAAGACAAGAAUUGUUUUGGCUGAUCAGAAAAUUCAUAUUCUUGGUUCAUACCAAAACAUUCAGAUUGCUAAAAGAGCUAUUUGUAAUCUUAUUUUGGGCUCCCCUCCUUCUAAAGUUUAUGGUAAUUUGAGAGCCGUUGCUAGUAGGUCAUCUGAUCGUUUCUAAAGACUUGUUACACUGUACAAAACAGACUAUUGGCAUUUUCCAAUACACUUCAAUGAACUCAUGGUA